UAGUUUCUCAGUGACAAUCCUUGUUUUUCAUAGGCUCGCAAACUUGUGCUGGGAAGCAGUAGUGAACUGUGAUGUUUUAUAGUUGAAUACAAUAAUGAGUAGUAUUAGCUGUUUAGAAGUAGUUGUGUUCCAUAAAAGUGUCUAUUUUAAAUUUUGUAAAUGUUAUAUUUGGAGGUGUAAUUAAAGGAGGAAAAUGUUGUAUGUCAUUUUUUUUACAUGAAGGCGAUCGAUCUUUGAGCGCCCGAGAUGAUAAUUUGUCGAGAUCUCUUACUAAAACGUAACAUUCUGUGCUGCCUGAAAAUUUAAAUACUAUAUUUCAGAGCAUUUACAAAAUGUCUUCCGAAAAUGAGUGUUCUUAUUUCAAAGGAGGUCAACAGCAGACUCAGAAUAUUAGAGCAGUUGAUAUCCUUCCAUUAUUACAAGAGAAAAUUGCUAUUGUCUCGGGUGGUAGAGACCGCAGAGGAUGUCCAGUUCUCACAUUUCCUGCACGAACUCGACCAGAAAGAUUAAGAAGUGAAGAUCUGAAAAAACUUUUAUUAUACCUAGCAACAACACCAUGUGAAGAAGCAGCUGACUUGGGUUUCUCAGUUGUCAUUGAUAUGAGAGGCACUACAUGGAAUACUGUCAAACCCAUUUUGAAAGUUUUACAAGAAGCUUUUCCCAUCAAAAUUCAUACUGCAUAUAUCAUUAAGCCUGAAAAUUUUUGGCAGAAGCAGCGCACAAGUAUGGGCAGUGCAAAAUAUAAGUUUGAAACUAGCAUGAUAUCUGUUGAAACACUAUCAAAGUAUAUUGAUCCUUCUCAGCUUACUAAUGAUUUAGAGGGAACUUUAUCAUACGAUCACAAUCUCUGGAUUGAACUUCGAAUGUGCCUAGAAAAUUUUACAUGGAAGGCAAGUGACUUACUUGGGCGAAUGGAAAAUGUAAAGGAAGAUCUUACCAGAAAUGAAUUUGCAGAUGAUGUUUCUUCCUCAAAAGCAAUGAUUGAUGAUCAUGCAGCAUUAAAGAAAAGAAUUGUUCAAGUACCUGUUGAAGAUAUAGAUCUAGAAGGGCAACAAGUGCUUCAUAAGUUAAGUUAUGCAACUGGAGGCAAUAGUGGAGGGUCUUGUGAUUCUGGUUAUUCUAGUAGGGAUAGUGGACCUGCCGGUAUGGCUGGAAAUGUGGACUUUCAAAGUGCUGUUCCUCAAGUUGUUCACCUCUUAGAGAAUAUUCAUGUUACUAGGCAACACUUACUACAGUUGUGGCACAUUCGAAAGGUUAAACUUGAUCAGUGUUUGCAACUUCGAUUAUAUGAACAGGAUGCUCAAAAGAUGUUUGAUUGGAUCUAUCACAAUCGAGAUUUGUUUCUGGUCAGUUAUGUUGAUAUUGGUGUAACAUAUCAAGAAGCAAAAGAAUUGCAAGAAGAACACAACCAUUUUACCAUGUCAUCAAUGAAUGUGUAUGUCAAUAUCAAUCGAAUACUGUCAGUUGCAUCCAGGUUGAUUGAAGGUGGUCAUUACUCAGCAGCUACAAUUCAGCAAAUAGCAGCUCGUCUUGACAGAGCUUGGAAAGAAUUUGCUGCUGGUCUUGAUGAAAGAACAACUGUUCUUGCACUUUCUGUUUUAUUUCAUCAAAAAGCUGAACAGUACAUGAGUAACGUUUCACCUUGGAGUAAAGCAUGUGAGCAAACUGUAGUACCGAGAGAAGUUGCCCACUUAGAAGAUGUUAUUCAUCAACAUCAAACACUGUAUGAAAACAUGUGCCAAGCAUAUACAGAAGUCCACAGUACAAGCAAAAAGCUACUGUAUCAAUUAGAUCAUCUUGUUCAAGUAUGCCAUCAACCAAGAGCAGAUAUGUCCUCUAGAAAACAUUCUCAUAAUGAUGGCAAAAAUAUGUCAGAAAUUUUACAUCAGAAUGGGAAUAAUCAUCUUUGCAAUCCAGCUGCAGAUUAUUCUGAAGGUGCCAAACAUGUUUUAUCUGUCAUCCAUGAGAUUCUAAAUCACCACAGAGCUCUUGAAACUCAGUGGCAUACAAAAAAAGUUAAGUUACAUCAACGUUUGGCUCUGGGUCUUUUCCAAGAAGAUGUUAGACAAGUGCUAGAUUGGCUAGAAAACCAUGGUGAAGUAUUUUUAAGGAAAAAUACAGGAGUGGGUAGGAAUUUACAACGAGCUAAAGUUCUUCAGAAAAGCCAUGAACAUUUUGAAACUGUAGCUCAGAAUACAUACACCAAUGCUGAAAAAUUAUUGGCUGCUGCAGAAGAAUUGGCCCAAACAGGGGAAUGCAAUGCAGAAGAAAUAUAUAGUGUUGCACAAGAGCUGGAAGGUCACAUUACUAGUUUUGCUGCACGAGUGGAUCAGAGAAGAAAUCUACUUGAUCUAGCUGUCAUGUUUUUCACUCAUGAAAAUGAGUUAUCCAGCUGGUUUGAAGAACUUCGCCAAGAGCUAAAAAGCGAUGAAGUUGCAGAAAAUGUUGAGGGUGCAGAACAAUUGCUUGAGCAGUUCAAUCAACAGAGAGACUCUACAAUUGAUGCUGCAAUGAAUACAAUAUCAGAGGGUGAAGCUUUGUUAGAAGAACUGCAAAAUUCUGGCCUUAUUCCUGAUACAGAUGCUAGUACAUCUUAUGCUGCAAUCGAAGGUCUUCUUGAAUCGCUUGGUAGAAGUAGAGAAGAAUUAGAAGAGCUUUGGGCUAACAGAAAAUUAAAAUUAGAUUUGUGCCUUCAGUUGCGGUUAUUUGAAAGAGAUGCCUUAGAGGUAUCCUCCCAGCUUGAAUUAUGGUCUGAGGAGCUUCAAAAUUCUGAUGUUGCAAGGGAUAUGUCAGAAGCUGAACAUACUCUUCACAUUCAUAAUGAAAAUGUCAGUAAUAUGCAACAAACUGCAUUAGAUGUCAUUCAGAGAGGCCAAGAACUCUACCAACUCUUUGAGUCUUCGGGAAUUCAGUUAAUGGCAGAUCAUCAGUAUGACGGUCAGGCAAGGGUGCAAGUUUUGAUUGACUUCCUACAGGAGCGUCAUUUAGAUUUAGAAGAUGUUGCUGAAAUGAAGCGAGUUAAACUUGAACAGAGCAUUCAGUUAUGCCAGUUGGAAAAUGAUGCUAGUCAGGUUAUGAGUUGGAUAGGUAAUGGAGAAGCCAUGCUCAGUGCAUCAUUCAUUAUUCCAUCAUCAUUGGCUGAAGCAGAACAGUUAAGAACUGAACAUCAGCAAUUUCAAAUGGCAAUAGAGAAAACUCAUUCAAGUGCCGUGCUGGUGCAACAGAGAGCUGAAUCCCUUAUUCAAGUUAAUCAUUAUGAUCCUUCAAGUAUCCGUGCAGUCUGUGAUGAUGUGAAUUCCAGCUGGCAUCAGUUGAUGACACAUGCUGAAGAUAGACAUAAAUUAACUACAGCUUCUCUAAAUUUCUAUAAAACUGCUGAACAAGUGUGCUCCGUUCUGGAUAGUUUAGAAAGAGAAUAUCGAAGGGAUGAAGAUUGGUGUGGUAGCAGUAGUGAAAGUAAUGAUGCAAAAGAAAAUCAAGAUAAAGUAUCUCUGGUGUCUCAACUCUUGACAAAACAUCAAGAACAAAAAGAAGCUUUCUUAAAAGCUUGCACCCUUGCUCGGCGCACUGCAGAAACAUUCCUGAAGUACAGUUCUCGAUGUGUGCAGUAUUAUAGUUCACAUACUGAAGUUAAUCAUAAAGUUUCAGAAAAUAAAGUUAAAGGUAUUCUUGAACAACUCUUGAAUCAGGAAAAUAAAGUUUUAGAGCAUUGGACAGCCCGAAAAAAGAGAUUAGACCAAUGCCAACAGUUUGUCCUUUUUGAAAACAGUGCCAAACAAGCUUUAGAAUGGAUUCAGGAAACAGGAGAAGAUUAUCUUGACAAUCGUAGCACAUUAGGGGAAAAUGUUGAAGAAACCAAAUCCCUUUUGAAAGAGUACAACGAAUUCAAAGGGAAUGCAAAGGAAACUAGGGAAAAAGUGAGACUGCUACUUCAACUUGCAGAUAGUUUAGUGGAAAGAGGUCAUGCUCAUGCGACUGCAAUAAAGCAAUGGGUUGCUUCUGUUGAUCAGAGCUACAAAGAUUUUAGUGAGCGUAUGGAUCAGUAUAGACAAAAACUUGAGCAAAAACUUGGCCUACAAUCUGAUCGGGAUGUGCGAGAUUUAUCUUUGGAUCGACAUAGUGACCCAUCCUUAGAAGAUAAAGUAAAAGAAGCAGCUGCUAAGGAACUAAAUGAAGAAAAACGAAAGUCUGCUAGGAGGAAAGAGUUUAUUAUGGCUGAAUUAUUGCAAACAGAAAGAACAUAUGUUAAAGACUUAGACAUGUGCAUCAAAACAUAUAUGACAGAAAUGGAGAAAACUGAUGAUAGUAUUCCACUUGGUUUACAGAAAAAAAGUUCCACCUUAUUUGGUAACAUGGUAGAAAUAUUUGAUUUUCAUGACCAGAUUUUUUUAAAAGAGCUUGAAAAAUAUGAAACUAUGCCAGAAGAUGUCGGUCAUUGUUUUGUUACUUGGGCUCAGAAGUUUGAAAUAUAUGUCAAAUAUUGCAAAAACAAACCAGAAUCUAACUCAUUAUUAGUUCAUCAUGCAGGAAAUUAUUUUGAAGAUAUUCAACGGAAGCAUAAUGUACCACAUCCCAUAGCUGCCUAUCUCAUUAAGCCAGUGCAAAGGAUAACUAAGUACCAGCUCCUCCUUAAAGAUCUUUUAUCAUGUUGUGAAGAAGAUCAGGGUGAAAUUAAGGAUGGUUUAGAUGUUAUGCUUAGUGUGCCCAAGAAAGCUAAUGAUGCAAUGCACCUCAGUAUGUUGGAAGGAUGUGAUGUGUCUUUAGACCAACUGGGAGAAGUUAUUUUGCAAGAUUCAUUUCAUGUUUUUGAACCAAAGUCUCUUAUCAGGAAGGGAAGAGAAAGGCACAUAUUUUUGUUUGAAUUAUAUUUGCUUUUUAGUAAAGAAGUCAAAGAUUCUAAUGGGAAGGCUAAAUAUAUCUACAAAACUAAACUUUUAACAUCUGAAGUUGGUAUUACUGAACAUGUUGAAGGUGAUGAAUGUAAAUUUGCUGUAUGGACUGGAAGAGCUCCCCUUGCUGAGAAUAAAAUAAUUCUGAAAGCAACAUCUCUGGAAACGAAGCAGUCAUGGGUAAAAAAACUCCGAGAAGUUAUUCAAGAAACUUACUUUAGCAGUGCUCUUUCAACUCUUAAUCUAUCCAAGUGCCAUACUAAAAUUUCCAAAUCAACAAGCAAUAGGUCUAGUAGGGAUUUGGAGGAUUCAUCUAUGGAUGAAGGUAGCAUAGAAAACCAGGAGAGAGGAUCUUUAGCUUCCUUUGGUUCUGGCAAUACUACAGACAGUGAAAAGGGAGGUGAGAUUGUUCAUGUUGUUGAAGAUCACAAGGCAGUACCUGGUUCGUUAGAAUUAACUGUUCAUGCUGGUCAGCAAGUGGAAUUGUUAGAAACUUGCAAUGAGUGGUUUCUAGUCCGCCAUGUUCCAAAAGAUGAUUCAAAUGCUGUAAAUCAUGAAGGCUUAAUACCACCAUCAUGCAUAAAAGCACCAUUAAAGCACUCCUCUUCAAAAACAAGCUUUGAUAAUGAAGAAUCAAAUAUAACUAAUGCUGAUUUAAGCCCAACAAGUUCAACUGCAUUUCCUUUGACAAGUAUAUCUGCUCUACCAAUAUCAAAACGACGAGGUGCUUUCAGAAAAUGGUUGUCUAAUCCAGUUCGUAAACUAAGUCAUAGUCGAAUUGAAAGGUCUGCAACUGAAACUUCAAAGUCAGCAUCCAACAAAAAAGCUUCUCAGCAGCCAAAGGUUGUAAUUAAAAAUGAAGUAACAGAAAAGCCACUUCGUGACUCCCGAAAAGGAAUACUGCAGGUUAAAUUAAUUAAAAAGGAUACAAUAGAAGAAGAUGAAGUGUUAGACGUAGAACUACCGCCUCCUAUGAAAAUACAAGAACACAGCUUCACACCUGUGCAUCAGAAUUUGGCCAGUGGAAAUGAAAAGCCCAUAACCUUGCCUUCAGCUGAUGGCAGUAGCUCAACCGACUUGGCAUCUGAAAUAGAACAAAUAGUAAAGGAGCGUAUGGAACAUCAUACAGAAUGCAAUGUAGAUGAACGAAAUAAAAAAGAUACUAUUAGCAGUAAAGAAAAAGAGAAAGUGUUGCAGAAUAGAAAAUGUGUCAUUCAGGAGUUUAUAGAAACUGAAAAGCAUUAUGUAAAAGAUUUAGGAUCAAUAGUUGAGGGCUACAUAAAAAUGAUGAAAUUAGGAGAAAUUCCUGUUCCUCAAGAUUUAGUUGGAGAAAAGGGUAAAAUGAUCUUUGGAAACAUUGAAUCAAUAUUUGAAUGGCAUAGAGAUACUUUUUUUCCUGAGCUACAAAAUACUUUAGAAAACCCUCGCAGCAUUGGCCUGCUCUUUAGGAGAUCUGAGAGAAAACUUCAUAUGUACAUUGUCUAUUGCCAGAAUAAACCCAAAUCUGAACAAGUUAUAGCACAUUUCAUAAAUUCAUAUUUUGAGGAGUUGAGAAGAAAGUGUGAUAUUGAGCAUCAGCUGCAUGAUCUGUUAACAAGACCAGUGCAGCGCAUUUUAGAAUAUAAAUUACUUUUGAAGGACAUUCUAAAAUAUACUCAGCUGGCUGAUAUUGAAGAAGAAGUUCAACAACUAGAAAAAGCCGUCCAAAUAAUGCACAUAAUAUAUAAAACUGCCAAUGAUGUUCUUAAUCUGAACCGAUUACAAGGAUUUCAA